CCUGCUCUCGCUCUCUCUCUUUCUCUCUCGUUUUCCAGUCGCUGUGACUAGAGGCAAAUAACGGAACCAGUUAGACCGUAAAUUGCUUGACAGUUUUAAGUUGACAUUUUUUGAUACCGUAGUUCGGAAAAGGUUUAAUCUAAUAAUAAUAACUCCGUGUCCACCUUUAAAACUCUAAACACUGUCCCUUUAAGAGGGUUUACCUACCGACCUCCUGGCUCCUGUUGAUCCGACAGUAUUACACAUUACUGUUCGUCUGUGUCUCCUGUCAUCUGCGCUUUACUUUAUUCUUAACGGUUUAUUUAUUUAUUUAUUCACUUUGGAAACUUGAAGAAGCUCAAACAUGGCAGAGGUAGGGAAAGGAGUCAACGCCGGGAAACUGGCCAGUAAUGUACAGAAGAGGUUAACCCGAGCACAAGAGAAGGUGAUGCAAAAGCUGGGUAAGGCGGAUGAAACGAAAGACACGGCCUUUGAGGAGGGAGUGGCAAACUUUAACAAGCAGCUGGCCGAUGGCACCAAACUGCAGAAAGACUUGAAAGCGUAUUUGUUGGCAGUCAAAACCAUGCACGAGUGUUCAAAGCGUCUGCAUGACUGUCUGGCAGAAAUGUACGACCCCGAGUGGUUUGGCAAAGAGGAGGUGGACUCCAUCGCAGAGGAGAUGAUAGAGAAAGAAAUGGAUAAUAAUUUAGAGGACACUGACCUCCUGUGGCAAGAAUUCCACCAAAAUCUGACCGACAAUGCCCUCAUUUCCAUGGAUGUGUACUUGGCUCAAUUUCCAGACAUAAAGACUCGCAUUGCUAAGCGUGACAGGAAGCUGGUAGACUUUGACAGUGCCAGACAUCAUUUCGCUUCUAUACAGAAAGGCAAGAAAAAGGAUGAGGCCAAAAUUGCCAAGCCUCUGACUCUGGUGGAGAAGGCGGCUCCCGGCUGGGCUCAGGGAAUAAUCACAGCACACCAAAUCGCUCAAACUAACCUCUCAAGAAACCAGGCUGAGGAAGAGUUGGGGAGAGCUCAGAAGGUAUUUGAGGAGAUUAAUUAUGAUCUCCAGGAGGAACUUCCCACGCUGUGGAACAGUCGUGUUGGCAUCUAUGUUAACACAUUCCGGAGUGUAGCCGGCCUGGAGGAAAAAUUUCACAGGGAUAUGGGCAAACUGAACCAGAAUCUAAGUGAUGUUAUGACCAAACUGGAUGAGCAGCGUCUAGCCAAAAAAGGUGUCAAGACAGCAAGCAUUGGGAAGAGUGAAGAAGCAGCCAACCACAGUCCCUCAGAUUCCGGGUCAGACGCCCCUAAAUCACCACAAAAGUCCAGAGAGGGACCGCCGGUCUCACGGCCCCCGAGGCCUGCUUCGCCUCAGGAGGUGAAAGAGGAAAACAUCAUUAACCUGUUUGAGGAUGCAGUAGUGCCUGACACUAACAUUUCAACCCAGCCACAGGGGGCUUCGUGGAAUUCAUGGGAGCCUGGUCAGACUCCUGCUGCAGACCCCUCUCAGGACUCCGAUGAUAAAGCUGGCGCUCAGACGAAUGAAGCCUCUUUAUGGGAUGAUGAGGUCACUCCUGCCGUAGAGCCGUAUGAACCCCCCAGCUGGCAUGAGCAGGACAGUGUGUCUGCGCAGUCAUACAGUGAGACUGCUGCGACUGCAGAGGCUGGAGACUGGGAGGACAGGGGUGUGGAGUGCUGGGGCGAGGAAGGGUCCCAGGUAGGGCAAGAGCAGGACGCAGAUAUAAACUGGGGCAGUGGUACGGCUGAGGCUUGGGAGGCGGAGUCAAAGCCGCCUCAGUGGGAGGAGCUUCAAACUAAUGAAGCUCCAACAGUGACAAAUGGCUCGUCAGAUGCAGAGCUUCCUCCAUCUGUUCUUUAUAAGGUGAAAGCAAUGCAUGACUACGGAGCAACAGACAGUGAUGAACUUGACCUAAAGGCUGGUGAUAUUGUGCUUGUGCUUCCCUUUGCCAACCCAGAUGAACAGGAUGAUGGCUGGUUAGUGGGCGUAAAAGAGACACACUGGCUUGAGCAUAAAAACCUUCUAGCAAAAGGAGUUUUCCCUGAAAACUUCACCCAGAAACUGUGAGCGGAACAGCCACCUCACAACCACCUGUUCUUAUCCUUCGUUUUCUCACCACUCGACUGUGAUGACAUUUUUUUUAUAUAAAAAUCAAAAAUAAGGGCUUCUCAAGUGAAAAAAAGUGGUGUUCUACAGUAUAUACAUGGUCACUUUUAUAGAACUGGAGUGUCAUCAGAUGAUAUUUGCAACAGCAUGCUUUACACUAAAUAGUGAUAUGGACACAAUUAAAAGAUGCCAGAUAUGGAUGAAGACCCAGGAUGAAUUGGUUGAUGUUUGUCAUUGGCCCAUUUUGGGAUGGUUGUUUAGUACAUGAAGCAUCAGUUCAAUAUUAUUUUUUUUUAUCAACUGACAUCAAUCACUAUACUUCAGUGAAAUCUUUUGCUCUUUUGCCCAAACCCAACAUGAAAUCAAAAUUGAACCCAUUUUACUUUCUUAACAUACUUUUUAGAUCUUACUGUGCACUAUUCUUCAGUGCUUGUUCCACAUACUGUAAAAUAAAAAAUGUGUAAAAACGGGUAGAAUAUUGUUUCCACAAAGCAACUCAGUGUAAAUAGAAUUAAUAUACUAUUUGUUCUAAAGAUAAAAUAUAUUAAAGUCAGCUGAUCACAAAACCAAUCAGUUUUCAAUGAGUUAAAUCAGGUCCUGCUGGACAGUAUAUAUAUAUAUAUAUAUAUAUACGGAUUUAUUCAUAAAUACAUCAGGUGCGAAGUGCAAACUCUAUUUCAUGUUGACCUUUAAGUUAUCUCUUGACUCCCCUGAACAUGUAGAGCCCCUUCAUCCUCUCAGAAAUAGAAUAUUUUAAAAUGUUGUUCCAUAGAUGGGGUAUCUAGCACUACAUGUGGGGGGCUCAUCAUCUCAAUGCUUUUAUGAUCAAUAACUUCAUGAUAUGUUUUUCUUUUGUUCUGUUUUUGAGAUAUUCAGGUAUAUGCCACCAAAGAUUAUGACGAUUAUGCUAUGGGACAAACCACUGUGGUCAUACUGUACGAACAACAGUUUGCUCAAAACUAUUUUGGUGGGUUACACAUUUGUCAUGGUUGCAUGAACGUUUUAUAGACCCUUUUAGAUGGGUGCACGUAUGCUUUUAUUUUGUAGAAAAAUAAUUUUAAUCUUACUGAGAUUUAAAUUAGAAAAUCAGGUCAAACAUAGAUUUAAAUGUUCAGUUGGUAUUGAUCUGUGCACUGAUACUCUGAUUACAUGUAGGAUUAGGGUGGAAUUCACUGAAUGAAUUAAGCUGAAUUUCUUCACACUGUACACUAUCACGCCACCACUGUGAUCCAGGCUGAAUCACUUGUUCAAAAUGGCAAAAGUGUGCUUGACUGCAUCCACAUCUGGAUCUAUGCCUGAUUAUAAUGAUCUUCUUUGUCUUUUGAUGAAUUACAGCUGUAAUGCUCGAUAGAAAUAUGUGCACAAACAUCUCUUUUUAAUAAAAUUCAGUUUUCUAUAAUAUUGACACUGCAUUGUUUAGAAAUGACAAUGACUUAGUAUUUUAGCUGGAUUGAAAUGUAAAAUGGAUUGGUUGAACUGUAAAAGUGCUUCAACUACUUCAGCAAAUUGCAUCUUUUUUUUUAAUACCUAAUGUCAAAAUUUGAUGUCGUAUAUUCUGGGAAUCUAAUUUUGCCAAAACAGUGUGGAAUCUACCAAAGAGGGUAAAUUAGCUGCUAAUGUGUGCUGUAAACUGUUAUGUAUUAUAAAUUCUGACAUUGUCAAUCUGUAUUGUGUAAAUCUUAGUUUAUAUAUUAUCUCUCUCAGACCUGUUUACAUACCAGAGCUUUAAUUUUCUCACCCAAAAAGCUGUUUUGCAUAUUCAAAUAUGUAUCAGACCUUUGAAAUGAACAGACAGCUGCAAGAGGUCUAUGCAGGUCUAUUUAUGGUUCCUCCUAACAAAAGAGUGUAAAUGUUUGGUGACUCUCUAAAUAUCUAAAUCAUAAAGGUUCUGAUAUUUAAAACUAGCCUGGAAAAACUGAGAUGUAUCACAUUAACUAUAUACAUUUGAUCAGAAAGGGUCAAUACUGUCCUGCGGCAUUAUGGCUGGAUGCUCUGUCUUAACAUGUAGUACUCUGUGAACCACCCUGUCUGGCAGACUUUAAAAAGCAUAAUAAAAUUAGAAUCAUGCUGAA